AUGAAAAGAACAACUUUUUUAUUCAUUAGAAGUUGUUUUUAUGUAUUGGUAUUUUGCAAUAUCCUUGUCAAAUCAAUAUCGAUUUCGCUGUUAGAAGAUGAUCCAUUUAUCAAAUUAUAUGAGCAGGAAAAGGGCGAGUACAACUCACCUCCUGUAACAUCGCCUUAUGAUUUAAAUGAUGAGAAUAGAAGCCUGAAAGAAAAGGGAAAGGUACCGCAAUAUGUUGUAGAUAGUUGCCCUUUGGUUCAUCUAUACACUGAAGAAAAAUAUUGGCCGUCUGAUAUUGCCAAAUAUGUCAACAACUUCAAUAUUACAGAUGGAGAUAGCGUAGCUGUAUUCAAUAAAGAUAAAUUGACACUCAGUGAUUUAAAACCAAGCUAUAAAUAUGAUUUGCCUAACGGCUCACAAGGCGAAAUAUCGAGUGAAUUCACCUAUUUAACCAGUUUAGAUGAUUUCGCCAAGGACCCCAAAUGGCUACUGGGGUCGCCACCAGAGUAUGGCACAGGUCAUAUUAGAGACGGGCCUGCAGUACUUUUAGUAGUAGAUAAGGGUAACGGAUGGGUAGACGCCUUUUGGUUCUAUUUUUAUCCUUUCAACCUAGGCCCAUUUAUCAUGGGUUAUGGUCCAUGGGGAAAUCAUGUUGGAGAUUGGGAGCACUCUUUGGUUAGAUUUUAUAAGGGGGAACCCAGAUAUGUCUGGAUGAGUGCUCAUGGAGGUGGUUUGGCAUACAAAUACUCAGCAUUGGAAAAAGUCAAAAAACUACGUCAUAUAAAUGGGAAAUUAACUCCAGAAAGUAUCUAUAGGCCUUUGAUCUUUAGCGCUAGAGGAACUCAUGCAAACUAUGCCUCCGUUGGUCAGCAUGCGCAUGAUGUGCCCUUUUUUUUUAUGCCAUUGAGUGACUUUACCGAUCGCGGUCCAAUGUGGGACCCCUCUCUGAAUUUUUAUGGUUAUACAUUUGAUGGUGAUGCUUUUACACCUGCUGGACCUAAGGAACAAGAAUAUGGGGCCUCCUGGAUACAAUUUCAUGGCCGUUGGGGUGACAAGAAGCUUCCAGGGAGGGAUCCUAGACAAAAAUGGUGCCCUGUCCAAUGGAAAUACAUCGAUGGCCCAACCGGGCCGUACUAUAAACAUUUGGAUAGACUAUCAUUGUGUCCUGAGUUUCAGUGGUGGAAUUUUUGGCAAGCUUGUCCUUCAAGACGUUUCAUCAAAAAAGGAGAAGGUUUAGAUGCAGAAAAAAAUGAUCUGGUAGGUGAUAAUUGUGGUGUUUUACUAUACAAAAUCAGACCCAGAUGGUUACGAGGAGUUUUCAGACUUCUGAUGUGGAGAGGUGUAACAUGCCUUUUGAUGGAUUUUUUCACCGGCUGA